AUGACGCAGAAGCCGCGCCUUGCUGAAACAGGACGUGCGUUCAGAAGCAGGCACGAGAGCUGUGGGGGCCAAGAGGGCCAGCGUGGCGACCAGGGUCAGCCUCAGGGUGUCUACAGACCUCUGUGCAUUCAGCAGCCCCGCAGCCAAGGAGGGGGCGCCUUCGUGCUUGCGGACCCCGGCUGUCACCCCAGCCUGCCGCUGCUCUUUGUCUGCCCUUGGCAGGCUGCAGCCUGGUCUCAAGGCGUGGCUACGUGCCCGGCAGUCACCUGUGUGGUGUGGAGUGCCCCUGCUCGGCGGUUCCAAAGAGCCGUGCAUAAGCAGCAGCACGGAAACGAAACAGUUCCAGCCAGCAGGCUCUGGGACCCAGAAGCGACCCUUCACUGCACCCAGUUAUCUGGGAAAAGAUGGCGCCUGGCCCCUCCCGGCCGCCGCAGGCACUUCUGUAGAGGCGCGCGGGCGACCCUGGGAACGGAGGCCGUGGGGACCCCGUGGGCGCGGCUCCCGGAGGGGCUUCGCGCUCCUGCGGCCCGCGUCUGUCCUCGUCCUUGCCGGCGGGGGCAAGCGGGCCGCGCCGCGCCUCCGUCCUGCCCUUGGCACAUGGCUGUCGGGACAGUCCUCCAGCGCGAGCGGCCAGACUUCCCGUGUGAGGGGCACUCAUCCGCCCAGUGGGAGGUGCCUUCUCCUGCACCCGAAGCCCUCCCAGCUCCCGCCUAUCCCCUGCCGCCACGCGUCUGCUGUCCCUCGGCAGCCCCCCAGGGCUAUGGCCCCCGAGAGCCUGCACUCCGGGAGCAGAGCGGCCUGAAACCAGAGAAGUGA